AUGGCGACCUCAACCGCCCCGCUCAAACGCGUCCAGCCGACACCCUCGAAAAUAGCGAACCCCAUGGACUCGGACGACUCGGACGACAUGUUCGACCUGGCCUCUGAUACAGACAGCCCAAACAAAAAGCGACAAAAGACGGAGGCCGACAAGCCGGCCCGCAAAGGCCAAAAGCUCGACCAGAAGCUGCUCGACAAAUGGGACGACGAGGAAAACUACUACAAGACCAUCAUUGGCGAGGUGCUGAACGACAAGUACAAGGUGGUGGAUCAUCUGGGCAAGGGAGUCAGUGCUACCGUUGUCAAGGUGGAGGAGGUGGGGAAAGAAGGAAACGAAAAAGAAGACAAGAAUGGCAGCUCAAAUGGCCACGAAAACGACGGCCUGGCCGUGAAAAUCAUCCGAAGUAACGACGCCAUGCGCAAAAUCGGAGACAGAGAAGGCAAAAUCAUCGACCGCCUCAACAAACACCAGUCCACGAGCUCGAUUAUUGGCCUCAUCGACCGCUUCGACCACAAGGGCCAUCUGUGUCUGGUAUUUGAAGGCAUGCAUUCCAAUCUUCGAGACAUUCUCAAGGAGUUUGGACGCAACCAGGGCAUCAACAUCCGGGCCGUCCGUCUCUACGCUCGGCAAAUUUUCACUAGUCUGCAAAUUCUGCGUGAAUGCCAAAUCUUGCAUGGCGACUUCAAGCCAGAUAAUGUGCUGGUCAACGCCAAACGGUCGUCCACUCGCCUGUGUGACUUUGGUUCGGCCGUGGAGGCCAACAAGGACCAAAAGGCGUGGACGGAACCCAUGCCGUACCUUGCAUCGCGGUUCUACCGGGCCCCCGAGCUCAUUCUGGGCGCGCCCUUUGACUACGGAGUCGACAUGUGGUCCGCUGGAUGCACUCUCUACGAGCUGUACACCGGAUGUAUUCUGUUUGCAGGCUCGUCCAACAACCACAUGAUCAAGUGUAUCAUGGACGUGCGAGGCAAGUUUAGCCACAAGCAGCUUAAAAAAGGCAAGCUGACGGAAAAGUACUUUGACGAGAACCUCGACUUCAAGUCCGACGAAGUGGACCCCCAUACUGGACGAAUGAUCACACAUACACUACGAUACACACAAAACCAGGCUCCUCUGCCUGUCAAAAAGCUGCUGGGCAAAUGCAGAGAGACCGGAUCAGAUAUCAUCCUACAGGGCCAUCUGAUCGAUCUAUUAGACAAGCUCUUUGCACUCAACCCCGAAAAGCGAAUGACCCCAGAACAGGCACUCGAGCAUCCCUUCUGUCAUGAUAGAGAGGCUGACAUAGACCAGCUCGACCCCCAACACAAAGCAUAA